ACAAAAAUCCCUACAGCUUGAUGAUGGACGUGCUCUGAAAGUCAUUUCGAUCAAAUCUCUGCAGUUAACCAUCUUAGACGUGAGUCUCCAUUAAUAAGCUCGUCCAAAGAAACAUCAAGAAGUCUUUUUUUUCUCUCUCUUUCUCUACCUGAUCCUCUGGCUCGCUCGUCUGUCGUCAGUAUAUUCGUAGACUGGACCAUGGCGGUUCCAUUUGUUCGAUUCCCGAUCGUUCUUUUGGUGCGAAUGUUGGGAAUAGUGGUUGCCACUCUGGUGCUUAUUUGGGCCUUCCACUACAGAGGAGGACUGGCUCUUAUAUCUGAUAACAAAGACCUCAUCUUCAAUGUCCAUCCUGUACUAAUGGUGAUUGGGCUCAUACUUUUGAACGGUGAAGCCAUGCUAGCUUACAAGACAGUCUCAGGAACAAAAGGUUUCAGAAAAGCAGUGCACCUUACACUGCAAUCUCUUGCAUUCUGUUUGAGUGUUAUUGGUGUCUGGGCUGCUUUGAAAUUUCACAAUGAUAAGGGCAUUGACAACUUCUACAGUCUACAUUCAUGGCUGGGUCUAGCCUGUCUAUUCCUAUUUGGAAUCCAGUGGGGCACUGGAUUUGCAACAUUUUGGUAUCCUGGCGGUUCAAGAAACAACAGAACUGCAUUGCUACCAUGGCAUGUAUUCUUUGGGGUUUACAUAUAUGCCCUUGCUAUCGCUACUGUUACUACAGGCAUCUUGGAGAAGGCAACAUUCCUUCAAAGCAACAAAGUGAUAUCACGCUAUUCGACUGAGGCUAUGUUAAUAAACUCUUUAGGUAUCUCAAUAGUUGUUCUGGGAGGUCUAGUUGUUCUUGCUCUCAUUACUCCUACAGUUAAUAAAGGUGAUGCCUACAGACCAAUGGAAUAGGCAAGCGUCAAAUUGUUCAUUUGCUUUACUGUUGUACAUUUGUUGCGUUUGAAUCAUACUCCCAAUUUGUAAUGAGAGAUUAAAUCGGAAUUAAAAUCUUUUUUUCAUUG